AUGAACGUUAACAAUACAUGGGAUAUUACUAUGGAAAAAUAUAAAAAACAUCUGUCACCUUUUGGUCGCAAAGUUUUGAGUGUUUUGUUACAAGAACGUAUAAGUACAGAUGACUGGAUAAAUUUUACUGAUAUAAACGUAGUUUUAUCGGAAACUAAUACAAAUACAAUAUCUAAAUCAGAUGAACUUGUAAGAAGCGCUCAUGAAGAGCUUGUACCACAAAAUUCUCAAAAUAUUAUACCUUUUGAUCAUAUCGACAAACCUUCUGAUUCUAAUGACAAAGACGAUCUUUUAAACAAGCAGAUAUCAGAAAAUACGGUUACAGACUUUCCAGGACCAGUAGCGUGGGAAGAUAUUUUUGACUCUCAACUACUACUAUUUUCAAAAAAUGAUGAUACUAAAAAUCUUACGUGUAAUAAAGCAGCAAAUAACACAAAAGUUGUUAAAACUUUUGAAAUAACUUUUCCUGAGAAAAUACGAGAAGAUCGCGAUAUCAAGAAGGAAUUUAAAAAUAAUUCUGAGAAAAAUGCUAAAAAACAUAAGAAUAAGUCUAAUAUUUCAGAAAAAGUUCCGAAAAAAGUAAAAAAAGUCGCCAAAGAAUUUGAUGAUUCAUCUAGACCUAGUUUUCGGAAAGAAAAAUACACGAAAACUGUUAAAAAAUGGCUGAAUGGUGUAGAUCCAAAACAUGUGGUAGAAGAAAUGAAUAUCUUAGAAAACACAUCCGACAAUACGAAUAAAAUAAAUGGAGUUGAAAUAACAAUCGAGGAGAAUUUGAGCGGUGAUUGGCACAAAAAAAUGGUUCAGGCAAAAUUAUCAAAUGUAAAUGGAAUUAUGAAAUUUUCUAAGCCUUCAAAAAAUAACAGUGAACGCGCCAAUAAAUCAGAAAAACGAGACCCACCCGCAACAGAAGCAAAUAAAGAAAAGAAAAAGUCUAAAUUUGUUGCUCCAAUUAAGUCUCAGAUUCCUGUUAAAGAUAUAACUUAUAAAGUAUUUACAUUCGAUAAUGAUAAUGAUUGUUUUGACGAAAAUAAAAGCGACCUUAGAUAUAAUGCAACAGAAGUUGUCAUGACACUUAUUUACAGAAAUGACUAUUGUCAAUUAAAUAAUCAUUACACUGAAGAUGUCGGGGUACAAGGCAUUAUGUUUCUCGUUAAAGACAAUUUUUACUAUUUAAGAGAUCCUUUUUCUAAACAUAAGGACAAAAUACGCAAUUUAAUGUAUAAUAACAACGUGAUUUGUUACGAAGGUAAAAAUCUUCUUACACAUUUGUUCCAAUACCUCAGUUCAGAUGUCAAUAAAGGUAUAAAAAUCCUUGAUGCAAAGAUUGGGGGAAGCCUUCUGGAUCCAGACAAUCCGCCCAAUAAUUUUACCGAAUUACAAAAACUACUGACCUAUGAACCGGAAUACACGAUUGCCACAGAUUGCGUACUACAAAAGUCAGCUUGGUAUAUCUCAUUGUUGAAGGAGUGUUGGGACAAACUUCAGCAGUCGCUGGUGGGACAAGGCCUGUGGAAUAUCUUUGUCGAGAUUGAAAUGCGCGUUUUGCCGAUCAUCGCAGGUAUGCAAUAUCGAGGUGUAUCUGUGGAUUUGGAAAAGCUGAAAUGCAUGGAGAAGCUAUUACUAGAAAAGAUGAAAACAGUAGAGCAGGAAUGCUACAAGGCAGCAGGAAAGACCUUCCAAAUAAACUCAGCAGUACAAGUCAGAGCUAUUUUGUACGACGAGUUGAAGUUAGAUUCAAAGUGCAAUGUCAAAAUUAGGGAAACAAUCUGCAAAGGAGCGAAAUCUACUUCAGAAGCUAUGCUGAGAAGUUUAAUUCAUAAGCAUAUUCUUCCAAAAUUAAUCCUAGAAUACCGGCACUUACAUAAAACACACGCCACUUUUCUCACCGGUAUAGCACAGUGCGUGAGAGAUGGAGUCGUUAAGCCUUUAUGGGAACAAACUGCGGCAGCGACGGGCCGGAUUUCAUGCAACAGUCCUAACUUGCAAGCUGUACCGAAAACACCUUUCAGUCUCACAUUAUUUUCUAGAGAAGGCACUGUUGAUGAUGCACAAACUCUGAACCUUCGUUCGCUAUACGUGGGCCGAGCCGGUCACUAUCUGCUGGCAGCUGACUUCAAACAGGUGGAGUGCCGUGUGUUCGCUCACGCUGCCGCUGAUAACAGCCUGCUGCAGGCUCUGAGCAGUCCGGAUCUGUUCCGGGUGCUCUCGGCUGCCUGGCUUAACAAGUCAGGAUCCGAGGUAACAAAUGAAGAGCGCGAGCGUACUAAGCGAGUAGUGUACGCAAGUAUGUACGGCGCUGGAGUUAACAAGUUGGCCGACGUUCUCGGGCUGGGCUACGAGCAUGCGCUUUCAGUUGUCACCAGCUUUAACAGUUCGGCAGCUGAUCUGUGCAAGAUGGCGAUGGUGAAAACGGAACAGUACUUGAGGAACAAUGACCCCCCUAUCGAUCUCCAUUUGCUGUUGCAAAUACACGACGAGUUGGUCUGGGAGGUUAGGGAUGAGGAUCUCAACAGAGCUGCUGGUAUACUGAUCUCAUCUUGA